AUGUCCGAGCAGGUCUCGCAGGGCACCACUGAGAAGUUCGAGCCAUCCAGCAUUUUCGGCCAAAAGAGCAACGAGUUCUCCAACAUCAUGAACAUGGCACAGCUGGUGAUGAGGCCCGACAUGGCCAAGCAGCUCGAGCAGUUCCAGGCACAGUUUGGAGUCACCUCGCCGCUGCUGGUCAAGCCUCCGGUCCCAUUUGACAGUCCCUUUGCCAUCGCCUCACUGACGAAGGCUGACAAUAAGGAGGAGCGGAGGGAAGAGAAGCCCGGUCCGUCGAUCUUCGAAUUUCAAUGUUCUCAGUUUUUUCAACGCAAUCGUCUGCAACGAAAGUGUUUAGUUAUGCACGAUGCAGCACCCUCUGUGUCCGAACAGCGAGAUUCACUGAAUAUCUCAGACGACGGUGGCGAGAGUCCAGACGAGAAUGGAAAACGAAAACAACGGAGGUACCGAACCACCUUCAGCGCUUAUCAGCUUGACGAACUUGAGAAGGUCUUCGCUCGUACACAUUAUCCAGAUGUGUUCACAAGGUUGGUAUAACA